AUGACUUGGGAUGGGAUAGUGACGAACUUCCACAAUUGUUACGCGAAGGUAAUCAGUAUAUCUGAUCAAGUUGAGGCAUAUAUCCAGUCGAUAGUGCUCCAGAAAACGCUCGAAAGCAUCUCAUUCGAUCAGCGCAGUGGAUUCGACGAGGACGAAGCAGCGGAGAUCAGCUCAGCAGAAUUGAGUGCGGGGCGAAUGCAGCGAGAAUGCCAGAAUACGAUUCAGCGCCAGAAUUAA